AUGACCGAGAUGUACUCGGGGCUCCAUGUGGGCCAACGCUUCUCGUCCCUCGAUGACUUCAAGACGGUCAUUAGGAGUAUAUCGGUCCGCCAGCACUGGGAGCUACGAGUAAUGCGCAGCAACAAGAAGAGCGUCGUCAUUGGCUGUCGGUCCGGAUCCAAUUGCUUCUUCCGCGUGGUCUGCCGUGCAAACAAGAACGCGACCUAUAUCACGAGUCUCCAGGACAGUCACACCUGUCGGAGGAGUGCAGAAACCCCAGCCGCGACGCCGGCGCGCUCAGAAGCCUCGCAUGUGCGCUUCUUGCUGACUGAAAUCCCGAAACUCUUUGACAUGAAAGGAAAGAUUACAGGGCAGGAUGUUGUGGAUGCCGUCAAGCGGUAUCAUGGAUAUGACAUCUCGAUGAGACAGGCACAACGGGCAUUGAUCAAGUUGCAACCACGACGAACCGAUAGCCAGGGCGACCAGUCAUUAGACCUGGACAUGAGUGCAGGUGACCAACAGUCACCGACGCAGUCCCAACCUUCAUCCCAGGGGGACGCAGGCCCAGCCUUCCGAGCCAUGUCGGAGAAUCGCUGGAUCUCAGACCCCCUCCCGCCAACUCUGAUGGACGAGGAGGCGAUGAAUCCAGCCGAGUCUCCAAGAAACCAUGGCCCGGUACCCCCACCACCUCCCGCCCAGGUACGGCCAACACAAAUACCGCAACCGCCUCCGAUUGGAACAUCUAGCCAGUCCUCACUCAACACCGAUCCGCGUCCGAUGGCAGGAUCGCAGGCUGGACUGGGGUAUCCAACUGGGCCUGCCUUAUCCGUGGCUGGACCAGAACACCCCAAACCACCUAAUUACCCACAACGCAACGACCACCCCGUCCCGGCGCAAAUGCUCCUGACGAACUUCAAGAUUGAAUUCACCUGCACCACUUGUGGCUCUCUCAAUCAAAGUUUCUUCCCGAACCAGGGCAACGUCACUGGAGGCAGCUACAUGGGCCAUCAACAUGUCCCAACUCAGAGUCCUGUCGCGCGACAUCCUGGACCGGCUCCUCCAGGACCAGACGGCAAUGGCACCGAAGUCCCAGAGGACAACGCGUAUACAGUCAACGCCCUCAACGCUCGCGUCAUGCAAAAUGCGUGGGCAACUGGAGGCUUGGGUGUCCCCAUUGGACCACCGAAUACGUGA